AGAAAGAGAGGGAAUCACUAUUCGAGGGUGCUGUAUGUACAAUCUGGGUCAGCUGCAGCCGGUUACUGCACUUCUCCAUGUGGCAGACAGAGCAAAGCCACAAUGCUUUCUCUGCCGGAUUAAAGACAGCCCGCAGACCAGAACUUCCACUAUACUACUUAAAAUUACAUAGGUGGCUUGUCAAGUUCAAUUGAUUAGCGUUGUAAGAAGAAAAAGAAGUUCCUUAUUACAGAUGGAAUUUGACGGUCCAAAGCAAAAAUGCAAUUGCCAUUAAAGUCACAGAGGAACAAACUUCUACACUGAUUUUUAAACGCAAGAAAAAGAGCAGCAAGUUUCUGGGUCUGCUUUAUCAACAGAUGCAUAAAGACUUCAUACAACCUCAUUUCAAAAUGAAGGCUUUUUUCUGGACCCUAAGUGUGCUAUUCUUCCUACUAAUGGGCACUGGACAAUGCAGAGGAGGAGAGUUCAAAAUAAAAAAAACAUCCCAGAGGAGAUACCCCCGUGCCACAGAUGGUAAAGAGGAAGUAAAGAAAUGUGCAUACACAUUCCUGGUACCUGAACAAAAAAUUACAGGGCCAAUUUGUGUUAAUACCAAAGGGCAAGAUGCAAGUACCAUUAAAGACAUGAUCACCAGGAUGGACCUUGAAAACCUGAAGGACGUGCUCUCUAGGCAGAAGCGAGAGAUAGACGUCCUGCAGUUGGUGGUGGAUGUAGAUGGAAACAUUGUCAAUGAGGUAAAGCUGCUGAGAAAAGAAAGCCGUAACAUGAACUCACGUGUUACUCAACUCUAUAUGCAACUACUACAUGAGAUUAUCCGUAAGAGGGAUAACUCACUUGAACUUUCCCAGUUGGAAAAUAAAAUCCUCAAUGUCACUACAGAAAUGCUGAAGAUGGCAACAAGGUACAGGGAACUAGAGGUAAAAUAUGCUUCCUUGACUGAUCUCGUCAAUAACCAGUCUGUGAUGAUCACUGCGUUGGAAGAACAGUGCUUGAACAUAUUUUCCCGACAAGACCCCCAUGUGUCUCCUCCUCUUGUCCAGGUAGUGCCACAGCAUAUCCCUAACAGUCAUCAAUACACUCCCGGACUGCUGGGAGGUAACGAGAUACAGAGGGAUCCAGGUUAUCCCAGAGACUUAAUGCCACCACCUGAUCUGGGAACUUCUCCCACCAAAAGUCCCUUCAAGAUACCACCAGUAACUUUCAUCAAUGAAGGACCAUUCAAAGACUGUCAGCAUGCAAAAGAAGCUGGAUAUUCAGUCAGUGGGAUUUAUAUGAUUAAACCUGAAAACAGCAAUGGACCAAUACAGUUAUGGUGUGAGAACAGUCUGGAUCCUGGGGGUUGGACUGUUAUUCAGAAAAGAACAGACGGCUCUGUCAACUUCUUCAGAAAUUGGGAAAAUUAUAAGAAAGGGUUUGGAAACAUUGAUGGAGAAUAUUGGCUUGGACUGGAAAAUAUCUAUAUGCUUAGCAAUCAAGAUAACUAUAAGUUGUUGAUUGAAUUAGAAGACUGGAGUGACAAAAAAGUCUAUGCAGAAUAUAGCAGCUUUCGCCUGGAACCUGAAAGUGAAUUCUUUAGACUGCGUCUGGGAACUUACCAGGGAAAUGCAGGGGAUUCCAUGAUGUGGCAUAAUGGUAAACAGUUCACCACACUGGACAGAGAUAAAGAUAUGUAUGCAGGAAACUGUGCCCAUUUUCAUAAAGGUGGAUGGUGGUACAAUGCCUGUGCACAUUCUAACCUAAAUGGAGUAUGGUACAGAGGAGGUCAUUACAGAAGCAAGUACCAAGAUGGAAUUUUCUGGGCUGAAUAUCGAGGCGGGUCAUAUUCCUUGAGAGCAGUUCAGAUGAUGAUCAAGCCUAUUGACUGAAGAGAGACAGUCUCCAACUUAAACGACACAGAACUCUGUAUUUUUCAGUUCCUAAAAAUGUAAAUGUUACAUGUAUAUUGUUUUGCACAAUUCAUUGCUAC